UGGGGAACGACGCAGCGGGAGUGCGGGACACAAUCCGCGCCAGUGUGCCCUCUAGGGUAAUUUGCAGCCAUACUCGAUCUCACCUGCCUUAGGCUUCAGAAAUCACUGUGAAACCAUCGCGAAGGAUCGAAGAUGACGGAGGCAACGAUAAGGAAGAAGCCCGGCAUGGCCAGCGUGAAGGACAUGCCGGUUCUUCAAGAUGGUCCUCCUCCCGGAGGAUUCGCCCCGGUCCGAUUCGCUCGCCGAAUCCCAAACAAAGGUCCCAGCGCCAUGGCCAUUUUCCUCACCGCGUUCGGUGCGUUCUCUUGGGGAAUGUACCAGGUCGGCCAGGGCAACAAGGUUCGAAGGGCUCUAAAAGAGGAAAAAUUUGCAGCUCGCUGUGCGAUACUACCUGUUCUCCAAGCUGAAGAGGACGAGAGAUUUGUUAGGGAGUGGAAAAAAUACCUUGAGUACGAAGCGGAAGUAAUGAAGGAUGUGCCUGGCUGGAAAGUUGGUGAAAGUGUCUAUAACUCUGGGAGAUGGGUGCCCCCAGCAAGUGGGGAGCUGCGUCCUGAAGUAUGGUGAAAAUGUUUUAACGCGUCACCAUCUAGAGUUGGUUUAUCGGAUGCUGUUUCCUACAUGGUACUUGUGUUCCUGUUUCCAAAUCCAAUAAUGUAUCUGGAACUCAUGUAAUUGCUUUUCAAAAUGCCAUGACAGUUCGAUUUUUAUUUGAGUAUAUGGUGGGCAUGGGGAUUUGAACCUUAAACUUGGUGUGAAUAAUCUGAACCCUUCACAGGAUAUAUUUUGAAUUUGAAUUGGAACUGUGUUUAUGGUGUCA